UCUACUGUCAAGAAACGAAGACAAAUGGAGGAAAAAAUUGAAGGAAUUGGUAUCAAAGUCUACAAUGCAACCCCACCAGAAAACCCCACAACCCCAAAUGCCACAUCUACUGCCGCCGCCACCACCACUCUUCCAAGGUUGAGUCUUGGCCCUGGUGGUGGAGGCCGAAAAAGGCGAGCCGUCGCGAAAGGAGUUCAGAAAACAAUAUCUAAAACCUCAAUGCUUGUCAAUUUCCUCCCAACAGGCACUCUCUUGACAUUUGAAAUGGUACUCCCUUCCGUCUACCGGACUGGAGAUUGCUCCUCUGUGAACACUACGAUGAUCUACGUCCUAUUAGGACUGUGUGCACUCUCUUGCUUCUUCUUCCAUUUUACGGAUAGUUUUAAAGGGGAUGACGGGAAAGUGUACUAUGGAUUUGUGACUACUAAUGGAUUGGCAGUGUUUAAGCCUGGAAUUCAAGUGGAGAUUCCGAAAGAUGAGAAAUAUAGAGUUGGAUUGACUGAUCUUGUGCACUCGAUUAUGUCGGUUAUGGUGUUCAUAGCGAUCGCGUUUUCGGAUCAUAGGGUUACGAAUUGCCUGUUUCCAGGGCACCAGAAGGAGAUGGAUGAAGUGAUGGAGAGUUUUCCAUUGAUGGUUGGUGUUAUUUGUAGUGCUUUGUUCCUUGUGUUUCCUACUUCUAGGCGUGGUGUUGGCUGCAUGGCAUCAUAG